AUGCGUAACGUCGAAAUUAAAGCAUUUUUACGAAAUCCAGAUUCUGUUAAAGCUAAGGCUGAAGAAUUGUCAAGCUCAGAACCUGAAGUAAUAAAACAAACGGAUACUUUUUAUAUUGUACCACAUGGGCGACUCAAAUUGCGAGUAUUUGAUGAUAAUUCAGGAGAAUUAAUUUUUUAUGAACGUUCAGAUACUAAAGGACCUAAACUGAGUAGUUAUACAAAAGUAUCAUUCAGUGACAAAUCAGGAUGCGAUGGGAUAAAUGAUAUUUUAUCUAAAACAAAUGGUAAAUUAGGUAUGGUUAAGAAAACGCGAUUAUUGUACAUUGUUGGACAGUCACGCAUUCACAUUGAUCAAGUCGAUCAACUGGGAGACUUUAUGGAGAUUGAGGUUGUUUUACAAGACAAACAAGAUGUAGAUGACGGAGAAAAAAUCAGCAUUAAUUUGAUGAAAGAAUUGGGAAUAGCACAAGAUGAUUUAAUUUCUGAAGCUUACAUCGAUUUAUUAUUAAAAAAAGAAACCAGUUAA